CACCGUUGGCACGUUUAUCUACCCAAAGCGCUUCCUAGUGUAGCAAAGAAUAUGUGCAUGCUGCCAACCUCCCGUGCCCGACAGCGUUGCUCGGUACGCAAGAUGGACGCGGCGUUGCAUCGCUCGGAUUCGGCACGUACCGCAUUCUCAAUCCUCUCCAAACUCGAUAGAAUAUACGGUGCAAGAGGUAGCUCGCCAAACCUGGCGUUGAAGUCGGGCGCAUCUUUUAUCCAGCCGAGGUGACGGGCAGGAACGCUACAGCAGCAUGAGCAGCGCCCACCAGAAGCACCAGCGCUACAUCAUCCGGCGCUUCCCGCCCUUCGUGGAUGACGACAUGAUCCUACGCCACGAGCGUCUCCGCCUGCUCAUCGUCUUCAUCUGGGCGCUCCUCAUUUUCGCAGUGACGGUACUUGGGGCGCUCACGUGCGACUACUUUCUACAGGAGCCUCUCUUCUACUUUACGGUGCUUAUGGUGCUCUUUGUCGUGGCGCGGGCCAUUUACCGAUAUACGCACGAAUGGCCCGAAGGCCUCCGCAUGCGCUGGAGCUAUUGGCACGAGAUUGAACUGUCCAUGGCAACGUACCGCCUCAAGAUCUUGGGCUACUACCACCGCAAGAUCGACCGCCAUCUCGGCCGCUUUCCGCGCGAUGCGACCUCGGAAGCGCAAAUGCGGCGAUACUACCACCUUCGCGGCGUCGUGCUCUCGCUCCUCUUUGCGACGGCCUAUGGCAUCUUUGCCAUUCUCUUGGCCGUGUGCGAUGAAAAUGCGUACACGCAAGUGCUUCUUCUCUACGUGCUCGCUGUCGCGUCGGUGUGUGUGUUGUACCGACUGGCCAAGCUGCACUUGAUCGAGCUGCCGCAAGUGCUCGUGCUCUACCAGCGCCCCGAGUUUGCAGCUGAUAUGCUCUUUGCGGACGACGAGCGCAUUCCGUUUGCACAGCCCGUCGCCACGUACGAGACAACGUCGCGGGCAACACGAGUGUAAUAAUAUGUUGCUAAAUACAAAGGGUCGAGUUCUAUACGUUUACAUACACAGA